GGUUUUCCUUCAAGGGCUGAAACGUCAAAACUGCGGACGUACUUUCAGUUUCGCUAUAUUGUUUUCCAAGAUUAUCUUGUAAAAGGUUGUGAGUAUAAUUGUGAUAGUUGUGACAUGUGCGUGCAUCAGUCAACCUCAGUGGUUCCGAUUGGAUGGAGGGGGUUGUAGCAUGCACACUGUCGGAUUGUACUUAUUCUUUCAUCCUGGUAAUUUUGAGCCCUUAAAGGGUACCGACAUAGGUCCCUCAGCAUCUCAUGUAAUAUACUACACAAAUGGAGAAGAACUCAAGUUUUGCGUUACUCCUGAGAUUGUGGCAUUCAUGCGCCUUGUGAUUGGUCUUAUAUUUUUAAUGAUAUGUUCAUCGUUAGUACAAAUGCUUUUGGAUAUCACUGGACCAAGUGGAAGGAUACUUAAGUGUAUCAGAAAGAAUGCUGUUGCAGGUAUUAUCUCAGUUUUGGUGUGUGUAGUGUGCAUUGGAGUAUGUUAUUACAUCACAACAUUAAUGGAAACACAACAAGAAACUACAAAGCCAGUUAUUGGACCCUUGGCAUCUGCUAGGGUACAUGUGAAGCUGGACAUUGGCUUCUAUUUGCUUAUAUUUGCAGGUGCAUUGUCAGUUUUUGCAGUUGGGUUUAGUUGGCUUCGACCAUCUCACAUCUUUCAAGAAGGUGACACUGCUCCUUUAGUGGAGGAGUGGGGAGGCCUUGAGGGUCUUGAAACAUUCUCGAUUCCUCCUGGUGGAGGCCCAAUGGUUCCCCCCAUCCCUUAUAUGCACAAUGUUGAACCCCCACCACCAGUUGAAGGUCAUCCCCCACCCCCGUAUACUCCCUAAUCGAGUCACAAAUGUUACCUUAGAUAUUUUAUUAUAUACUAUCAUUGUAGGUUCUAGAUAAAAAUUGAAAAAACAA